CCCAGUCUCUCUCUCACCUUCAAAGAAAACGGCUGCCUCGUCGACUUGUUUUCAUUUUAUCCCCUUCGUCACGAUUUUUAACGCUCGCCGAUACGACCUACUCAUCGCCGCGAUUAUUUUGAAUAAACUUGCAAAAAGAAACCCAGUUACAAGAACUUUGAUCCGAUUAUUACUUUAACGCCGAUUUAAUUGUUCAAUAUGUCGGACCACGAAUAUGGUGGUAGUGACGAUCUUUCGCUCCCAAAGGCAACUGUCCAGAAGAUCGUUAGCGAGAUCUUACCUGCUUCGAGCGGUGUUUCUUUCUCAAAGGAAGCUCGAGACCUGCUCAUUGAAUGCUGUGUCGAGUUUAUUACCCUUGUCUCAUCUGAAGCAAACGAGAUCUCCGAGAAGGAUGCGAAGAAGACUAUUGCCUGCGACCACAUCACCAAGGCUUUGACCACGUUGGGAUUUGGCGACUACGUCCCUGCUGUUCUUGAUGCCGCAGCUCAACAUAAGGAGACUCAAAAGGUCCGUGAGAAGCGUGGUAACAAGUUCGAGGAAAGCGGCAUGACGCUCGAGGAGUUGGAGGAACUUCAAAAGCAGCAAUUCGAGGCAGCCCGUGUGCGACACGCUUAGGUUUUGCUUCCUUAUGAAGGUUACUGUUUACACCUUGCGUUAUGAGAUACGGAGUUCUAGGGGCUGGGCUGUUACCUGCUUGGGUGUGAUGUGCCGCCACAUCCGAUGGCGAUACUACGACAGGGUUAAUGCAUUUGGAGGCGUUGGGUGUUGAAAUAUGGAAUAUUUGCUGGCUUCAGUAAUGCACGUUUGCACCCCCAUAGGAAAAUUAAUGAGAACCUCUAUUUCUAAAUUCCCCA